CCUGAGCCUGGCAACCCUAUACAAAAGAGAGAAACACUCUGGAAAGUGUGAGAGCGCACAGUUGGACACUGCAGCAGGAGAGAGUCUGGAGAAGACUGCAAAGGCACUCAGAACGGAAGUGAGGAAGGCAGAUUGAUAAGCCUAGAAUAGCGGAAGCUUGGAGGGGAAAAGAGAGCAGAAAAGCUACAAAGCGGUUCUGGAAAACCCCAUGCUGAGGUUCUCAGGCUUGUACCAGGAGACCUGCUCCGACUUGUAUGUGACCUGCCAGGUCUUUGCAGAGGGCAAACCUCUUGCCCUUCCGGUUCGGACAUCCUACAAGGCUUUUAGCACCAGGUGGAACUGGAAUGAGUGGUUAAAACUGCCAGUCAAGUAUCCGGAUUUGCCUCGCAAUGCUCAAGUGGCGUUAACAAUAUGGGACGUCUAUGGACCUGGCAAAGCAGUCCCUGUUGGGGGAACGACUGUCUCGCUCUUUGGGAAGUAUGGGAUGUUCCGCCAGGGGAUGCAUGAUCUGAAAGUUUGGCCCAACAUGGAGGCUGACGGCUCUGAGCCCACCAAGACUCCUGGGAGGACGAGCAGCACACUUUCGGAGGAUCAAAUGAGCCGCCUUGCCAAGGCAUCUGACAAGGAACAUUUGGAGGAACUCACCAAAUCUCACCGGCAAGGCCACAUGGUCAAAGUAGACUGGUUGGACAGACUGACCUUUCGAGAAAUCGAGAUGAUUAAUGAGAGUGAAAAGCGCAGUUCCAAUUUUAUGUACUUGAUGAUUGAAUUCCGCUGUGCGAAGUGUGAUGACAAAGAGUACGGGAUAGUAUAUUACGAGAAGGACGGCGAUGAGUCAUCUCCCAUUUUAACGAGCUCCGAGAUUGUUAAGGUUCCAGAUCCCCAGAUGUCUAUGGAAAACUUAGUGGAAAGCAAACACCACAAGCUUGCUCGGAGCUUAAGAAGCGGACCUUCUGAUCAUGAUCUCAAGCCCAACGCUGCCACCCGAGAUCAGCUUAAUAUCAUAGUGAGUUAUCCGCCAACGAAGCAGCUGACGUAUGAGGAACAAGACCUUGUGUGGAAAUUCCGAUAUUACCUUACUCAUCAGGAAAAGGCUCUGACAAAGUUCUUAAAGUGUGUCAACUGGUUCCUCCCACAAGAAGCAAAGCAGGCCCUAGAGCUCUUGGGGAAAUGGAAGCCGAUGGAUGUGGAGGACUCCCUUGAGCUCUUGUCCUCUCACUUCACGAACCCAACGGUCCGGCGCUAUGCAGUUGCUAGAUUGCAACAGGCCGACGACGAGGAUCUGCUGAUGUACCUGCUGCAACUUGUCCAGGCGCUCAAGUAUGAAAACUUUGACGACAUCAAGAAUGGGUUAGAACCAACAAAGAAGGACAGCCAGGGGUCCAUGACGGAGAGCAUGGCUGCGUCUGGAAUGAAUGCUGCAGAAAUAGACAGCUCCCAGAUCAUCACGAACCCGCUUCCCCUAAUCUCUUCCCCACCUUCUACAGCCAAAGCAAAGGAGCCUGCAGACAGUGAAAAUCUUGAGCAAGACCUUUGCACAUUCUUGAUAUCGCGAGCCUGCAAGAAUUCCACGCUGGCUAACUACUUGUAUUGGUAUGUGAUUGUGGAAUGUGAAGACCAAGACACUCAGCAGAGAGAUCCCAGAACUCACGAAAUGUACUUGAAUGUCAUGCGGAGAUUCAGUCAAGCUCUGCUGAAGGGUGAUAAGUCUGUCAGAGUGAUGCGGUCCUUGCUGGCGGCCCAGCAGACGUUUGUAGACCGGCUGGUUCAUCUAAUGAAAGCAGUGCAGCGUGAAAGUGGCAAUCGUAAGAAAAAGAAUGAGAGGCUGCAGGCGCUCCUAGCAGACAAUGAAAAGAUGAAUUUAUCAGACAUUGAGCCCAUUCCGCUGCCUCUAGAACCUCAAGUGAAAAUCAGGGGAAUAAUCCCAGAGAGAGCGACACUGUUCAAGAGUGCCCUGAUGCCUGCCCAGUUAUUCUUCAAGACUGAAGAUGGAGACAAAUAUCCUGUAAUAUUUAAACACGGGGAUGAUUUGCGUCAAGAUCAACUAAUUCUCCAGAUCAUUUCACUCAUGGACAAGCUCUUACGGAAGGAGAAUCUGGAUUUGAAGCUGACUCCUUACAAGGUCUUGGCUACUAGUACAAAGCAUGGUUUCAUGCAGUUCAUUCAGUCAGUCCCUGUGGCAGAAGUUCUUGCUACUGAAGAAAGUAUACAGAACUUCUUCCGAAAACACGCGCCAAGUGAAACAGGGCCUCACGGAAUAAGCGCAGAGGUUAUGGACACUUAUGUCAAAAGCUGCGCUGGAUAUUGUGUAAUAACAUACAUCCUUGGCGUUGGGGACAGACAUCUGGAUAAUCUUUUGCUAACCAAAACAGGCAAACUUUUCCACAUCGAUUUUGGCUACAUUUUGGGCCGUGACCCCAAACCCCUUCCUCCACCGAUGAAGCUGAACAAGGAGAUGGUGGAAGGCAUGGGAGGGACACAGAGCGAGCAAUACCAGGAGUUCCGCAAGCAGUGCUACACGGCUUUUCUUCACCUGCGCAGGUAUUCCAACCUGAUUUUGAACUUGUUCUCCCUCAUGGUCGACGCCAACAUUCCAGACAUUGCUCUUGAACCAGACAAGACAGUUAAAAAGGUGCAAGAUAAGUUCCGCCUGGAUCUUUCCGAUGAAGAGGCUGUGCACUACAUGCAGAGUCUGAUAGAUGAAAGUGUCCAUGCUCUGUUUGCUGCUAUGGUGGAGCAGAUCCACAAGUUUGCUCAGUACUGGAGAAAAUGAGCCUCAUCAGCUUCUGAAGGCAACAAAUGCACCUUCAUGGCUAUCUCUAAAGCUACUCAAGAUGGCACCCAACAGAGCGCCCAGGAUAUUUUAGUAGCUUGGAGAGUUUGCCUCAUCCGGGUUUCCAUUAAGACUAGGUCAAGAGUAUGUUUUCCUGUGUAGAUAUUUCAGCCAUGAAGUUCGGAAAACAGAGCAACUUCCGUCCAAAGCCAAAGAAGAUGAGAAGAAAAAUACGUUAUGGCUUUCUACGUGCUUAUCUGUAGGCCUCAUGUUGCUACAUUGUUGGAGUAAGAAACUGAAGCUUGUUACUGCACUUAACUUGGAUGGCGCCUGUGGAACAAACAUGCAUUCCAGAAUGUCCAUUUUCAUUCAUGGAAAGAAAAGUUCUAUGCGGACACGGAAUUGAAGUUUUGGAUUCAUUGAUAGGAUUUUGUCCAAAUUGUCAUUUGGAAUAAGCAGUUGCACGGUCCCACCUAUGAUGAAAAAAAUAAAAUAUCACUGAUGGUCUGAA